GUCACAUGAUCAACAUGACAGUGUUCACUAGAAUUACAUAACACAUGUCAUUAACAUAGGCCUAUUGGUGGUAAGCCUGCUGUUGCGCUUGUGGUAGGCCUACUCUUGCGCUGUCCAAGUUCAGUUCAGUAGCAAAAGCCAUCACAAAAUGGCAGCACAUUUUUUCCUACAUUGUUUCGUCAGUAAGCUCAUAGCACUCCUCCACUUCUCCCUCCUUAUGGGUGUGCCACUCUAUGAGCUACACUUCGCAGACCACAUGACCACGUCAGGCAAAAACAGGCAGGGCAAACUUCUCUCUUAACGGCAAAACUACGUUUUGUAGCGCGUUUCAAGCUCAGACUCACACGCCCAUCUUGGUCCAUUCACACACAUCACUGGGUCCACACCGAGCAGGAAAAAAGACCAGGACACGUCUAUUGCCUUUGAGAACACCCAAGAUGGCUAAUCAGCUACAGCGGCUUGUGGCAGACAAGAAGAAUGUGGUGGAGACGGUGAUGGAUGUGUUCGAGCAAGGGGCGGAGGUGGUGGCUAGCAUCGCUGGAGACCUGUUCCCCGUCUUCGCCAUAGCUGCACCCAUCAUCAAGCUGGCCCUCGACAACGUUGAGAGCAAGGAGGCCGAGUACAUGAAAGAGCAGUUCCAGAAGGUGCGAGACAGGCUGGAGGUUGCGUCCGAGGAGGUCCAGCGCAUCAACGAGGAGAUCAAGAAGAGCGCUGCGGACGCUGCCUACUUCUCCGUGGAGGAGAAUCUGACCAACCAGUUCCGCAAGUACAUGGACAUUCUGAAUGCCAAACCUAAAUUUCGAGAGGUCAAGAAGAAGCUGUUUCUGGAGCACUUCAACAAGACCGGAGGGGACAAAAACCUGAUCACUCUCUUCAAUGCCGUCACUGGAGAUAACUUCUCGGGCGAGUCUGUGCUGGAGAUUACGCUAAACUAUGAGCAGAAGAGCCGGCGGCCUGUGGAGGACUUCUGUGCCAGGCUCAAGAAGCUCUUUUGCAUCGGCCUGAUUGCCUUAAUGGGCUACAAUGCCCUCAAAGGAGGCGAUGAUGAGGAGGACUUGCUCAUUGAGUGGGGGGAGAAGAUGAAGGUGGUUCAGAGCAAAAUGACCAGCGUCAUCGAGGACUGCAUCAACAGCUAUCCUGAGCAGGCCAAGAUCGAUGUCAAAAGGGUGGUGCGGGACAACGGAGAAAAGUCCAACAAAGAGCUGGCCGACAUGAUCAUAGAGACUCUGAAGAAGAAGUACGACUGGGUGCGCUGGUCGGUGCGGGUGUUCCACUCCCCAACAGGCCUCUUCAAGAGCAAGAAGGAUUUCCAGUGUUUCACGGGCAGAAGCCGCUUCCAGGUGCCCGCGGUGGAGGACAAGCUGAACGUGAUGGUGUCCUACAGCGCCUCUCCUGAGCCUCUGGACAUGGAGCAGAUCCAACAGCUGAUUGGUAGUCAGGGUAGUCAGAAGAGGCAGAGCAUCACAGAGAUUGCAGAGUUGCUUUUCGACAGGGUGCCCGUGUGCGUUGUGCAGACCGUCAAGACCUCGUGCAAGGAUGUUGUCUGCUCGUACAGUUUCACAGAGGAGCUGCAUUACUGGGAAGAGCGGAAGAACUUCUAUGUUUGCGUUCACUCUGCUUAGUGGACAUUUGUGAUAUGACAGAAUGACUCUUUGUUUAACUUCCUCUCAUAUAGAUUUCUUUGCCAAAUGUUGCACAAUGUUUAGAUAAUCACGCAUAUCGAGUUUCCUUAUUGUGUUCCAAUAGAAGACCAAAGCCAUAGUGAACUGCAGGAAUCAAUUCGAGUACACUGAAUGACAUUCAUGUCUAAGAUUUUUUUGUAACUGAAAAUGCUGACCUUAUCUUUGUCCAGACCAAAACCUAUUUUAUUUAGUGCAAUGUUUUAACAUAUAAAUGAAUUCUGGAUGUACAGUACAUGAGGGUUGAAUGAAAGAAUGAAUGGGUGCACUUGCAUGGUGCUAGUUACACCUACUAACCCCAACUCCGAUGAAGUUGGGACGUUUGGUAAACA